AUGUUUUUCUCUACUGCGGUUUCCGUCUUUCUCUGCGCUGCUUCUGUGUUCUCAGGCUCAGAAGCCGCUGCUGUCCACAAGCGCGCCUCAUCGGGCUGCGGGAAGUCACACAAGUUCAUCGGAGAAACGAAGCAGUUCAGUUUCGAGAGCAGCGGCGGAACUCGCACCUACCGAAUCUUUUUGCCUAAAGGAUAUAAGGUCAACUCGCCUCAGCCUUUGAUUAUUGCCUAUCAUGGCUCCGGCAAGACACCGGAGGACAUGGAGGAAUUAACCAAGUUCUCUGAUGAAAGCGUCAACUCGAAGAUGGUUGCUGUAUUCCCAGCGGGAGUCGAGAAACAUUGGCAAGGACCUUCUUAUGCUAAAGAAGGUGUCAGCGACAAAGUUUUCACGACAGACCUCGUCAAUCGCAUCAAGAACAACUAUUGUAUUGAUGAGUCUCGUGUCUACGCUGCGGGUCAAUCGAACGGCGGUGGCUUUGUAAACACCUUGGCGUGCUCCCCUGAUCAUGGUGGCCAGUUUGCAGCUUUUGCCGCCAGCUCGGCCGCUCUGUAUACCGACGUGAAAGGUGAUGAGACGUGCCAUCCGGCUCGUUCGCCACUGCCCUUCCUAGAAUCUCAUGGCACGAAUGAUCAGAGAAUCCAUUAUGAUGGUGAUAAAAAUGCCACUGGCGGACCUGUUCCGGCUAUUCCCGAAUGGCUCGGACGUUGGGCCAGGAGAAACAAAUGCUCGGGCUCAUCUUCUUCACCUAUCGGAAACGAUGUCGAGCAGGAACAGUGGACUUGUGCAGGAGAAAAGGGCUUGCUCACCCAUUUCAAGUUGAACGGGCACGGGCAUGCGUAUCCUAGUAGCUCAGACAAGCAGCUGUUCCUGUCGCCCAAGAUUAUCGACUUUUUCAACUCGCACACGAAGCCAUGA